CUCCGCCAGAGUCGGCGGCGCCGCUCCGUGUGCGGGACCUGCCUCGUUAAACGGCGACGGGAGUGCUGCGAGCAGCAGAGAGCUGGGCAGCGGCCUUGCUGCCUUCGCCAAGACAGUGGGAGGAACCGGAACGGAAGCUGCCCGGAACCCUCGUGGCUGGCUGCGCUUCCGUUAGCGGCCGGUCCUCCCGCCGACUUCCGCUUCCGGGUGGCGGCUGCGUCCUGAAGGAGGGUCAGAGAGCGGGCAGCUGGGGGUCUGCAAGAGUUACAGGCUUCGAAGCCGUGUUCUUGGCACCAUUGCAUCCCAGUCAACUCUCCUAAAAGUAUGGGGCAUGGAAAUGAACACAGCCAUGGCCAUGGCAAAAUGGAACUCCCCGACUACAGGCAAUGGAAGAUAGAGGGUACUCCACUAGAGAAGGUCCAGGAAAGGCUAGCUAAACGGGGUCUUAGAGAUCCGUGGGCUCGCAAUGAAGCCUGGAGAUAUAUGGGUGGCUUUGCAAAACCUGUCACCUUAACAGAAGUCUUUACUAGGGGACUCAAGUGGGGAUUUGCAGCUUUCGUCAUAGCUCUUGGCAUUGAAUAUACACUCUUUCCUCCAAAGAAGAAUGGCGGCCAUCACUGAAGAUCAAAUAUGACAACUUAAUACUUCCUAAUUACUAAGCUGAAACAUACAUAAGCCUGCUGCUCACUCUGUACUUACAAUAUGUGCAUUAAAGUCUAUCACAGGCAAAA